AUGUUUCAGGCUUCCUUACAGAUUUCACAAAGUGAAUUUGGUUCUGCUGUGAUUCUAAAUAACAACUACUUACUGACUACUGCCUUCAAUGUCGUCUGGGCACAAAUAGAGGAACUUCAGUUUAGAGUGGGAAGCAACUCAGCCUCCAGCAAAGGCCAAGUGCUUAACGCAGCUGAGGUGCACAUACACCCAAACUACACGGGCUCUUGGGACUAUGACAUUGCUGUGGUAAAGACAGAUAAACUGAUCUCAUUCAGCAAAAAGGCGAAACCGAUCAAAAUUGCUACCACAGAACUCAAAGCCAAAACCGCAGCAAAAGUUAUCGGUUGGGGUGAAACAACGUAUGAGUCAAACACAACCUCGAAAUUCCUGCAAGUAGGGGAUGUUACAGUAUUAGACCACACACAAUGUGCCAAGACCUACAACAGUGACUUGACAGACCGGCUGAUGUGCACCUUAGACAAAAAACAGGGACCCUGUGAGUAUGACUUUGGAGAUCCGCUGGUAGCCAACACUCAGUUGUAUGGCCUGUUCGCUGGAGGUUACGACUGUAAACCUGGCAACCCAGUGUUGUACACUGACAUUCCUAACCUCUCUUCCUGGGUCAACUCCAUCGUUCCAUCAACACAACAUUGACAAUUUCAAUCAUUAACCCAUCAAUGCUUACUUGUGUUGAUAAGUAUGUGUUUAUGAUGCAGUUACAAUUGGCCCAAUAAAAUAUGUACCUUUUGA